CCAGAAAAGACAAGCGCGCGCGGAAAACUGAACUAGUCUUAGCAUUUGCUCACGUCAGCAGCGUACACCCAUGGGUAAAUGGUUGACGCUGAAUUGAUCCAUCAUAACGCACGCUUUACUUUGGUUAUGUUAUAAUGUAAAUUAGAUAAUUUAUGGCCUCAGCAAUCAAGGUUUUGAGAGGUGAUGCAUGAUAAUUUCUUUAAGUCUCUAGGUUUUCCUUUCGACACAUGAAUUUGAAAUCUCUUUAAGUGUGGAUGAUUUUCUUUUUGUCUCUUUUUUAUUGAUCCGGUGGAUGGUUUAGAAUACACGCAACCGCCCUUUCAUUGUUUAUUGUCAUAGGCAACCACGCUGCUGCUGUUUUAUUUUUCUUGGCUUUGUACUUGAUGAUUAAGUCUUGUUGUCGUGGCAGUUGCGUGACUGCGGCACCGCCCUCGAAGUUGUGUAGAAUGCAAAAUGAACAGUAAGGAGUCGUUACUUUUCCGUUAAUAAAGAAAAGCUUGUCUCUUGGUUUCCGUUCCUUACAGAGAAAGUAAUAAAGGUGAUAUCGACAUACAGCGCAGCCUUUGUCGAACUGCAUAAUGCUCAGUUGUUGCAUUGUUGUCUUGCCUAGCACCUAAUUAUGUAAUGACAUGCAUUUGUAAUUAAAUGCAAAAUUCGCUUUGGUCUCGCAAGAAAGCACAGCUUUUUCAAAGCGGGUAAUAACAAGAACAGACCCGUCUUUUUUUUUUCACAGCGAAGCUGCUGUCUAAAACAGAGUUUGGUUGGCUAGCAAAGGUUAGUAUGCUCAUCAAUUGUAAGCAAGAGAUUUGGAAAGUACAACAUUGCAAAGGUUUACUAUGCGAAGGUUGACCCGAUGUAAAUGGUAGGUAAACAAUCCAGCAACAGCUUAUGUUUUAGUAGUACAAAGAAGAAUGACUGAGAAAUACUAGUGACCAAACAUCGAUACUUCUGAAAAACACCUGAAGAUGGGAAAAUGAACCAAUGUAUCAGUAAGACUUGCAAUUAUCUGUCUCGAUGCCUUAGAACAUUCUCUGCGUACAUGACUGUGUCAGAAUAUUCAAGCAUUUUGAAAUAUUUACUUUUCGAUGGUCGAAGAUUUCAAGCCCUGCUGAGAUAUUCAGGAGCAUUUAGGGUCGGUCGCUAACCUGAAGUGCAAGGGUCGUUAGAGAGCGUAUGCUUAAUAUUGUCGUUGGUUUUUUAUUUUGGGAAAAGAUAUCUUUAUUUAUAUAGCGCUCAUACUCGUCUGCAACCUAUCUUGUUAAUCGAACUUAGAUAUUGAGUAUCUUAGGUUACCGAAGAAGUUAGUCCGAAUGUCACGUAUCCAUCCAGUACGUAUCGAUCGAUCCAGAGUAUUCUUCUCCCCAAAAGUGUUAAAAUUAUUUUCAGAGUUGUAACUUCUAAAUAGCUUUGAACACCUUGUAUAAAUUUAAUUAUUGCCCGGGUUUGUCACGCCACACAACUGUUCUGUUCUGACCCAUCGACCGCAAAGUGACUUGCAGUCUCAAACGAGCCAGAGAAUUUGGGCAGAACAUGUUUAAAAGAAUUUCAAUUAAAAAUAUUAGGUACUCCGUUGAUGUUUUAAUAUCCUUUUCUUCGUGCCCUUCCGACGACCCUGACGUGGCACUCAAAAAGUCAAAAUACACUUUAGAUCAGCAAGCUAAAAAUGGUAAACAUUAAUCAAGCAGUCACAUUGUCUUAUCGCAUAUCGCCAAUAUCAAAAACGCGAAAUGCUGACCCGUCACAGCUGAAAUUGGAGCGGACUCUUGCAAAUUACAAUUUAUUUUUAUAUCUGGCUCUAACAGGAAGCGCGGUCUCCAAUCGGAAGCCUCAAUCCAGUUUUCUGGCUCGCGUCCAAAUGCUAUCGUUGCCUUUGCCUUUUAUGGAAUUCUCCUGCGAAUUCAGUAGGCCACCUCCGAGAUGCGUUAAGCCUUCGUUGGAAGCGUGAAGUGUUUCAAAUUAAUAUGAAAUUAUUUUUACUAAUCGUGCAAAUAGCAAGACAGGUCUUAUCCUUUGUCUUGAUUGGAAAUGUGGGUAAUUUGAUCUCUGAAAUGGUUUACAUUAUUGCUUUGACUGGUUAAUUUAAUCCCCGGAAUUCUCAGCCUGUCAAGAAGGAACUUCAGGAAACGAUGAAAUUCCAUCUCAGAUGACAUUAAAGGGAGUCAGUAGACGAACAGGGAUUUGUUAUAAACUGAAUCAGAAAGCUCUUCUCUAAAGCAGAGUUCACCUUUUUAAUGCUCUUUGAAAAUCUGAAAAGUCCUUCUAGGCCCUCAGGAUACAAAUUUGAAGAAGAAUUUCUGAUCAAGUGAUACAGAAGGUAAUUGCAACAUAGGCCAGGCGUGUUCCAACCACUAAUUUUCACUCCUAGAUACAAAUGAACCGUUUCAAAUUCCUCUCCUUGAUGGUAACGUACACGCACUAUUCAAAAGAAAUGCAGCUGAGAUCGCUUCGAAGGUUCCAAAUCGCACCUGUGCUCAUGAGCACCUCAUCAUUAUGUCCCCUGACAACGAAAGCUCAGGAAUCUAACCAGGUUGGACAAAGGAUUACCGCGUUGACUCCAGCAGAAAUUCAACCUUCCACGCCACCCAGAUUAGCGGGCAAGAAUUUUUUGCCGGGUUCUACUGGGGAUGGAUUCCCUGAAGCAUUAUCUUCCCCCACGGAUACAUUUCCGCACGCAGUAAAGAUCGAACAUCCACGUCACAUUGAAGACUGCGUCACUGGUUGCCGCGGAUAUCUGGAGGAAAAUCUGCCUCACUACGGCGCUGUUUUGCUUCGCAACCUCCCACUGACGACAGCCGCUGACUUCUCUAAUCUGACACAAGGGCUCGGCUGCAAGGGAAUGGCUUAUGAAGGCGGUGCAGUGGAACGUCAGGAACUCGAUAAGAACUCUGGGACAUAUACAGCAAGCGAUGAGCCGCCGGAAGCUGUCAUUGAGUUUCAUAAUGAGAUGGCUUAUAGUCCAGUGUACCCUUCUAAGCUUUUGUUUUUUUGCCAGCAAGAGCCAGGAAAGGAUUGUGGAGGAGAGACGCCGCUCGUAAGAAGUAGGGAUAUACUAUCACGCUUAGAUCCUAAAAUUGUCAAAGAUUUCGACAAAAAGAGGGUUCGCUAUGUGCGUUAUGCUCCUUCGCGAGGGCCUGGUGCCUACCUUCCAUGGCAAGAUGUUUUUAUGACUGAGGACACGAAGACUGCAGAACGUUUCUUACAGCAAAAUGGUUUUGAUUUUAAAUGGGAGCCUUCUGGAGCUCUGGUUUACUGGCAAGUGUUACCGGCCUUACUCAAACAUCCGGAGACUGGGGAGACAGUGUGGUUUAACCAGAUUCAAUCCCAUCAUACUUCACACUUGCAAGAAAUGCCAAGGUUUAAAAACUGCAAUUUACCCAGUCAUCAGUAUGCCUACCAGACCUACUAUGGUGAUGGAAGCGAAAUUGAGCCCGCAGUUCUUCAGCACAUAAGAGCCGUUACUUGGGCAUGCGCAGUAGCUUUUCGCUGGCAAAAUGGGGACGUUCUAGUCGUUGAUAAUCUUGCCGUCCAGCAUGCGAGAAUGAGCUUUUUCGGCCAGCGUAGGAUCUUGGCAGUGCUGUCUCUGAAUUAAAAGGUGGCAAAGCAUGAGCAGUAACGACUUGUCGAAUAUUAGGCACACCACAUGUUCUCCAUGUUUGAACGUGAGCCGGGGAAACUGGGUCGAGUAUGCAUUAAGGCGAGGUUAUAUGGAAAAUUUACUGAAAAAGAUAGACAUAACAAAGCAAAGCGAAUUUUCUACCGUUGUUUUACGUUUGUGUGGUGUAGUUUCUUUUAAAUGUACGUGCAAGAAACAUUUGACGUUAAGCGAUGGAAAUUUGUUCAGUGAGACGCACUCGAUUGAAAACUGUUCUAGAAGUCAAGCAGACUUAGACAUGUUAAAAAGAGAACCAACUAAAGAGAAUUUUCUUUAUUUCAUUGGAAAACUAACAUGAAAGGGAAUGGGUCACAACGACUCAAGAGAACGCACUUUGUAACGAGUUUGCGGAAAUUGCUUCUAGA